GACAUCUGGUGGGCUGGCUGUGGAACGCAAGACUACUGCAGUUGUCCCAUUCGGGAAGGGAGGUUGGUGGUCUGUUUUACAGUAACUCCCCUAGAGGUAGCUGAUCGAUGUCUAGCGCGGCCUUUGAACCGUGAAUGCUCAUGCUGUGACGAUGUCAAUGUGAUAGCUUGGCAUUUUGUCGUCCUCGGAUGCUGA